CGGUUGUAACAUAACUAUUUGAAAAUGUUCAGAUCGGUGCUUUUAAUCUCCUUCUUGUUAAUUAAUUUCAUGGUUUUGAAUAUCGCUGCUAUGACAGCUGAACAGAAAGCAAUGAUACAUACACAUUUCAAUGAAAUAGGUAAAGAGUGUAUUAAGGAUAACGUUAUCACAACAGAUGAUAUUGCCAACCUUAAAGCAAAGAAAAUACCUACUGGCGAUAAUGCACCGUGCUUCCUAGCUUGUAUGCUCAGAAAACUAGGCAUCUUGGAUGAUGCGGGCUUACUUCAGAAAGAGACUGCACUGGAAGUUGCUAAGAAAGUUUUUAAUGAUGACGAAGAAUUAAAAAUUAUUGAAAAUUAUCUCCAUUCCUGUUCGCAUAUAAAUUCCGAGUCAGUAGGAGAUGGAGAUAAAGGCUGUGAACGUUCCAUGCUCGCUUACAAGUGCAUGAUAGAAAACGCAUCGCAGUUUGGAAUUGAAAUGUAAUGGAAAUAUUUCUCGUUACCUGAAAUCGAUUUAACUAAUGAAAAAAUGGAGGGA